AUGCGGCAUCAGAAGGCAUUUGAAAUGUUGCGCAAGAUGUUGUCGGGUACUGACACUCUAGUCCAUUACGAUGUGAAUAAAGAGAUAAUUAUGUCAUGUGAUGCGUCACAAUUUGGCUUGGGCGCUGUUCUGGAACACGUGAUGGAAGAUGGAUCUGUCAGACCGGUAAUGUUUGCUUCAAGGACCAUGAAUGUUCAUGAGAGGAAUUAUGGUCAGAUAGACAAAGAGGCAGCAGCUAUAGUAUUUGGUCUUAAGAAAUUCCACCAGUUUAUUAGUGGCCGGAAGAUUACGAUCAGAACCGAUCAUAAACCGUUGCUGGGAUUGUUUGAACCGAAAAAGCCCAUCCCUAAUGUUAUAUCUCCAAGAAUGCUCCGCUGGGCUUUACUAUUGAACUCCUAUGAUUACUCCAUACAAUAUGUGGAAGGUAAAAAGCUAGGAAACGCUGAUGCUUUAAGCAGAUGGCCGUCCCGUGAUCAAUCGUCUGAAGAAGAAUACUUAGGAGUCCUCCUCAUAGAAGAGACUCCAUCAGACCUGGAACUGUCAGCCAGUGAAGUGGCGAAACUUACAACUAAAGACAAGACACUAAGCAAGGUAUUAUACUGGAUUCGAAACGGGUGGCCUAGCAAGGUGGAUGCGGAAUAUAAGGGGUACUGGCAGAAACGUAACGAAAUUUCAGAAUAUAAAAAUUGCAUUCGGUGGGGUAAUCGAGUGAUUAUACCGGACAAAAUGAGGCCGUAUAUCCUACAGGAGUUACACUCAAAUCAUGACGGGAUAGUGAUAACAAAAGCCAUAGCACGAAGUUAUUUUUGGUGGCCAGCUAUAGACAAAGAAAUUGAAAGUUUGGUAAAUAAAUGCGAAACUUGUGCUGAAAACAGAAAUAUGCCGGCACAAGUGAGCCAUAAGUGGAUAAGGCCGGAGAAGGCGUGGUCAAGAUUGCAUAUUGAUUAUGCAGGGCCAUUUCAAGGGAAAACGUUUCUCAUCCUGAUUGAUGCUUAUUCAAAAUGGCCUGAAGUAAAGAUUGUUCCUGAUAUGAGCUCAGGAACACUAAUAAAUGUUUUAAGGGACAUAUUUGCAGAACAAGGUUUACCAGACACCUUGGUCAGUGAUAAUGGCAGAAGCUUUAUUUCAGAUCAGUUUAAAGAAUUCUUAUCAACAAAUGGAAUAAGACAAAUCUUGACACCACCGUACCAUCCGGCGUCAAAUGGACAGGCCGAGAGGACGGUUCAAACGGUUAAGAAUAAAUUAAAGAAACAGUCCACACUUCCAUGGAACAUAAAAUUACCUACAAUAUUGUAUGGGUUGCGUACUACACCCAAUAGUACUAAUGACAAGUCACCGGCGGAACUUUUAAAUUGUAGGCGUUUCAGGACAAAGUUUGACCACCUUAAUCCCCUCAUAUUCAAGAACCAAGAGGAAACGCAAGUAUGUGACGAGAAUGAAAACACUGAAGUUCGUUCAUUUCAAAUGGGACAGACGGUGUAUUUCCGGAAUUACAGUUCAGGACCACGCUGGUUGAAAGGAGUCAUAGAGAAGAGACAAGGCAUUUGUAGGUAUAUAAUAAGAUGGAACGGGAAGCUGAUGAAAAGACAUAUUAAUCAGAUACAAGGUCAUGGGGGAGAGGCGAGAGAUAUCCGCCAGAAUACAUCAGAAAACACUGGUCCUGAAAUUAUACAUGACACGGAGGCGAGUAAAACAUGUGAAGAUAGUGAUGACGAUGAGGAUAUUAAUGUAAAACUAAAUGCUACUCCACCAGCCUCACAAUGGGCUGAUAUCAUAGGGAUUUCUGGACCUCAGGAUUAUACGUUUAAUCAGAGCCAAGAACGCAUACCGCCAACCAACAAACGAGUAAGAUCACCUUCAUCACCACAAAACAUGGAAGCCAAGAGAUUAGCCAUAGAUUCCUAUGAGAGUCUGUCAGAGUCUGAUUAUGAACAGACUGAAGAUUCAAACUAA